AUUUGCAGUUUUAUUUCAUAUCAAGUAAUUUGAUUCAAAGACGGGUCCGGGUGAAGACAUUCUAAAAUGUAAUUUUCACAACAGAUGUUACAACAAACUGCGAAAGAGUACGACAAAAUCAUUAUUUGGCAUCUGAUAUUAGCUGACUUCACAUCUCAUUGAAAUAUUGGCACCUCUCAGACAAGUACUGGUGCAUGGAGCAAUAUUAAAGGCAUCAUUGGGUAAUAUUUGCAACUCACAGUAAAAUGCUGGCAUCUCACAGAAAAAAUUUGACAUCUCGAAGAGAAUCCCGCAGAGAAAAAUAGGCAUCUCACAGGAAAUCAAAGCAUCUCACAGGGAGGCAUCUAACUAAUAGUUCUGACAUCUUACAACAGAACCUUUGUGUUUAUUUAGUAAAUCAUUAAAUAAGGAUUGCAUGUGUAUUAUUACACAUCUGAAGCAUGAAAUACUAUAAACGUACUGCAUUUCUGCUGAUCGCAAUUGUAUUUUUUCUUGGGAAAUGUCUGGUUUGGCUUAAUCUACAACCAAGACAAGGGGACAUAGCGAAGGUGACUAAGGGGAAUAUUUCACACAUUGAAUAUCCUGUGCAAAAGCUCCCGUCAAGCAUUAAACAUGGCGUUAAUGUGAAAUUAACUUAUUUACUAGAGAAUCCCGUGCUGUGCACCUCGGUUGUCAAUUUAUCCGUGUUGGUAAUCGUGCACUCGGCUCCAACCCAUCAAGAACGUCGGCAAACAAUAAGAGAAACUUGGACCAAUAAUUCUUAUUAUCACAAUGUUGGAACAGUCAGAGUAUUGUUUUUGUUAGGUGCAGUGAAAAAGAUGAGCUUGCAGGCAACUAUAGAAAACGAGUUCGACAAACAUGCUGACAUCCUUCAAGGUGACUUUAUAGACGAUUAUCACAACCUUACAUACAAAGGUGUCAUGGCAUACAAGUGGUUAAGUGAAAAGUGUAGAAACGCUAAAAUCAUACUAAAGGUCGACGACGACGUGAUCGUCAAUAUGUUUUACUUUCUGUCAAAGUACAUGCCGUCUUUUGUGACAAAGAAAAAAUACAUGUCAUGUCGUCGAUUUCAUAAAAAUAAAAUUAUGAGAACGCGGAGAUCUAAAUGGUAUGUGAUGGAAUCUUUUUUCAGUAACCAAACAGCCUAUCCAGAUUAUUGUCAAGGUUUUGUGGUUAUCAUUACAAAUGAUCUGGUACCAGCCCUGUACAAAUCAGCGACGGAGACGCCAUUUUUCUGGGUGGAUGACGUCUAUUUGUAUGGACUGGUUCCCAGAAAUGUUUCAGGAAUACAAUAUAAACAUUUAAGAUAUGGCAAAGAUGUAGUAUUUGGUGUUGAAACUUCUACCAAUUGCUACAGAGUCAAAAAGGAAAAGUGUCCAUUCUUGGUCAUGCUGUUUAGAGCGAAUGUUACAAGUACAAUGAAAGAAGUUUGGGGGUUAAUAGUAGAGAAUAAUAGAAAUAUUUCUAAAGCAACAGAAAAGAAUGAAUCAAAUCAUGCUCUUCGGAGGUAAUAACUUACGAACAGAUUGAAAACAUAGUCUAAAACAGUGAUAAAUACGGGUAACAAAUUAACACAGCAUACAAACGUAUCUAAGUUUAAAUUUCAGUAGAAAUGUGAUUAGAUUUUUUUUAUUCUUCACUAUGAAAUAUAGAAAUUGCUUCUAUGUGCAUUGAAGUCAUUAACCUCACUGUGCCGAAAGCCACCAGAGAUAUUGCUAUCAGUUGACUCCGUUUGUUGGGGUUUGACAACUUGUUUUUGAACAGAACAGAACAGAACAGAACAUCUCGUUUAUUCUCUCAAUACAUGUACACACAUGCAAAUAUAAGGAAUUUACAAUAGACAAUAUGAUCUAUUACGAGGCUACCAUAUAUAAACACAUCAAGUUCGCAUUCGAAUAAAUAAUGAAAUUCAUCAUCAA